UACCGCACAAAGUUACCUGUGUUUUUCUAGUCAUAUUACAGCAUCAACAAUGUCGAAAUUCUUUGGACAAUGGGAGAUGGACGAUAUUUGCGAGAAAUCUGAGAAUUUCAUGGCAUUUUGUGAAGCUGUGAAAAUGACAAAAGAGGAAAUAGAAUACUACAAGACGAUGCGAGAAAAUAUAACUUACUCUGGGCAGGGUGAAAAUUGGACUUGCGAGAUUGCCAUGGGCGACACGAAAAGCAAACACCAGUUUACACUUGGAAUAAAAAAUCCACCAGAGAAGGGCAUUGAUGGGUCAAUCUUCAGUAUUGAACCUAAGCUUGAAGCGCCAGACAGACUUGUAGAGAUAUCCACGACAAGGCUUCCUAAACACGAUAAAGAUGUGGUCACCGAGACCGUGCGGAUCUUGACCGCUCCAAAUAAAAUGAAAUCCAUUGUAAGAGACGUUGCAUCAAAUGUCUCAAUGACGUUUUACGCAACACGGAAGUAAUGUUUCCCAUUAAAUACUGAACUUCCAUGCAUAAUGCACUAAUGAAGAUGGGACAUUAUUGAAUUCCUGCGAAUCACUAAAAGUUACUUAAGUGUACUAACGUGACGCAACCAAAAUUGGAACUCAUUAUAAAGAAAUAAGUAAACAAAUUCUAACGAGUGUUUGUGUUUCUCUAUACCUUUAUCUUUCAUUUUUUGCUUUGGUUUCAUGUCAGCAGAGCAUGUUUCUAUAUAUAUAGAACACAGUAAGGCAUGCGUGAUUUAAAAAUGCAAAUCAGCAGGUAGGCGUACCCAAAAUGGAACUCCUUUUGAAGGAAUGCUCUUGAACAUUUUUUUCACAUUUUAUAAACGUUCACUUUAAAAAAAGAGAUUCUGUGUCAAACAUUUUAGAUGUGUUUUUUGAGUUACGUUACAUUGUUAGGUGGCGUUAUCUUAAACAUUGUGUGAUUAAAUAGCUAAAAUGUUCAUGCUUUUAUUAUCAGAUCACAUUGAUAAUAAAUGGUUUUGCCGGA